AUGGCUGGUCUUGAUCUAGGCACAGCUUUUCGUUACGUUAAUCACCAGCUCCAUCGUCCCGAUCUCCACCUUCACCACAAUAACUCCUCCGAUGAAGUCACUCCCGGCGCCGGAAUCGGUCAUUUCACCGUCGACGACGAAGACAACAACCACCAAGGUCUUGACUUAGUCUCCGGCGGAGGAUCUGGAAGCUCUGGAGGAGGAGGUCACGGAGGAGGCGGAGGAGGGGAUGUCGUUGGCCGUCGUCCACGUGGAAGACCACCUGGAUCUAAAAACAAACCGAAACCUCCAGUGAUAAUCACGCGCGAGAGCGCAAACACUCUUCGAGCUCACAUUCUUGAAGUAACAAACGGCUGCGACGUCUUCGACUGCGUUGCGACUUACGCUCGUCGAAGACAGCGAGGGAUCUGCGUCCUGAGCGGUAGCGGUACUGUCACGAACGUCAGCAUACGUCAGCCAACUGCGGCUGGAGCGGUUUUGACGCUACAAGGAACGUUCGAGAUUCUUUCUCUGUCCGGAUCGUUUCUUCCUCCUCCGGCUCCUCCCGGAGCAACGAGUUUGACUAUAUUCUUGGCUGGAGGACAAGGUCAGGUCGUCGGAGGAAGCGUCGUCGGUGAGCUUACCGCGGCUGGACCGGUGAUUGUAAUCGCUGCUUCGUUUACUAAUGUUGCUUAUGAGAGGCUUCCUUUAGAAGAAGAUGAGCAACAACAUCUCGGAGGAGGAGGAGGAUCUAACGGUGGAGGGAAUUUGUUUCCGGAAGUCACCGCCGGAGGAGGAGGAGGACUUCCGUUCUUUAACUUACCGAUGAAUAUGCAACCGAAUGUGCAACUUCCGGUGGAAGGUUGGCCAGGCAAUUCCGGUGGAAGAGGUCCUUUCUGA